AUGGAAGUGGAGGUGAACCGCCUUCCUUCGCGAGAUGGAUUGAGUUCGAUUCCACUUUCUCGCAGAUCAGGGUACAAGAUCUUCUGUUUCGCGGAGGAUGACUGGAUCGAGCAGGCCACGGUCGGCUCUGUGAACUUCGCCGCCCCAAGCUCCCGAAACAAGGUGACUUUUGCGUCGGUGACGGCCUUCAAGGAUCUGGUUGGAACCGCGACAACGUUGGACCUGACGCCGCCGAAUCUGACUCUGCUCGAUGUUGCCGCAACCGAGGACAGAAUCGUGGUUUCUGUGUCGAUGGACGAGGCUGGCACGGUUUGGUGCCGUGCCUACCGGAAGGGUGCUGCGAUGCCGCUGGCUCCAGAGAUCCUGGAAACCGGAUUCUAUGUGGAGUCCCCCGCUGAAGCUAUGGCUGAGGUUAAUAUCACGGCAGAGAACGCAAAAGGUGAUCCCCUGGCACAAGGAACAGAUUAUGAGGUGUACUGCUAUGCGGAGGAUGUCCCCUGCCUCCGCUGUUCGGUGGCAGCUGGAUCAUCCGUCGAGGAGAUCAGGAAGACGCAAGCCGGCAUCCGCACUCUUGAUGUCCUACCACCUCGGGUCACAGUCCUGUUUGCGGAAGCAUUGAGCAAGGACACCAUCCAGCCUGGUGUGAGCACAGGUUUCGAAGAGAUGAUCAAGGGCGCGAACUGCACUGAAAGCCAUCCGCCGCAGCGUCCUUGUGGCAGCUUCUGGAUCUACGACCUGGAUGAUGUGGAGGACACUCCCCUGGAUGGCGUGUCAACUGUCCAGGACCUUGCGGCAUCAUACCAGUACACCCGCGAUGUACAGAUAACUCUCUUUGGCCUGACCGAAGCGACGGUGUAUGACCACAUUUACUGCUUCGCUGAAGACGACGAAGUUGAUGGCCUCGGGUCGGCACCGAACAAGAUGUAUUACGACACAAGCGAUGCUCCAGCGGGAACGGAGUCCAGCAGACUCGUCAGUUCCGUGAAAGCCGCAGUCGGAUCCAUUGUGACCUUGGACGAGUCACCUGCGACAUUCACGCAGCUCGAAAUUCUGGAUCCCACCGUGCAGCUCUUAGCUGAGGAGGGUCUCAUCGCAGUGAGCCUUGCUCUGAACGAGCCCGGGACGGCAUACUGCCGCGUGACAAGGUCUGAUUCGGGAGAAGUCGGCUCAGACAUGCAUGUGAAUCGGAUCCUUGCUGCUGGUUGGUCCGCUGUUCACGCUGGACCACCUGCAGAUGCCGUGACCAUUAAUAUCACCGCCCUGGACAGCGCUGUGCCUUUGGAUGUCCCUUCUGUCCCCGUGGAAGCGGCAACCCAGUACGACGCCUACUGCUGGGCCCAGGACAAUGCCGUGAGCACCCUGGGCUUCGCGCGUCCGAACUACAUGACGCAGCAGUAUGUCACUUCUCCUGUCGUUUCUCCCUCAUCACCUUCAGGGGGAGCGACUGCUGGCAUUUGGGUCACGGACAAGACUCCGCCUACUAUCAUCUAUGUCUCCUCCGAAGCUGUCUCCAGCGACACGUUGCAAGUCACUCUGCAGCUAGAUGAGCCUGGAACGAUCUGGUGUGCAGCUGCUGAGCCAGACUCCUCCGCGAACACUCAGAACUGCAGGGAAGGUGAGCUGCAGGACUCGCAACCUGAUCCAAGCAUCGAGCCAUGCUACUUCGAGACCUUUGCCAAGGGGACCUAUGCCGACGGAACUGUUUUCAAGGCUGAAGUCUCGCAGCCGUUCAGGGAUGUGGACAUCGAGAUCAGCAGGAUUUGGGAGCGCAACGGCACCAGCACAAGCAAGUUGCAGCCGGAGACUCCCUACAAGAUCUUCUGCUUCGCCGAAGACGAUUGGGUUGUGCAAAGUACAGCCGGCGCAGUCAGUCCGAACUUUGCGGCACCGACGAGCCCCAACAAAUCGCCCUUGUCACAGGGCCAGUCUCUCCUGGCUGCCAUCGGGACCAGGACGACCUUGGAUGAAAGCCCUCCACGAUUUGCCAAGUUGCUCAUACAGAACCCAACGCAGACCAAUGAUCGCAUUGUUGUUGUCUUUGCGCUGAACGAGCCUGGCACGGCAUACUGUCGAGCGAGACGCGUCGACUCCGCCGCGGCUACAACAUCAAUGAAGAUACCUGACAUCCUUGCUGCCGGCUGGUCUGCAAGCUUCUCAGGGCCCGAUGCAACCAUCGAAAUGACGAAGACAUCUAUGCCACAUCCAGGUGUUGGGGCUCUCGACACGUCGACAGCCGACUUCGACGAGCAGACACAGUAUGACGUCUUCUGCUGGGCCCACGAUGAUGCUGUCGAUGGCAGGGGAUAUGCAAGACCCAACCAGCAGACUGAAGAAUAUGUGAACACGGAAGUGGGCCAGGGCGAAGUCAUGAACGCAACGCUCGAAGGUGGCAAGACACCAGGAGUUUGGGUGGCAGACACGACACCUCCCACCAUGUUGCUCGUACAGGCAGAAGCCCUCCGGAGUGCCACUCUUCAGGUACGGCUCCAGUUGAACGAGCCCGGCACCGUUUGGUGUGCUGCCGCAGGCAAGGGCUCUCCGGGAAGCUAUUGCUUGGACAGCGAGCUGCAGUCAGCAUCAUCUUCUGCAGAUUGCUUCUUCGAGGAUUACAUCAAAGGAAACACCUCUGAUGGUACAUCCUUUAGUGCGUACGUUUCCGAGGCCUUCCAGGACGUGGAAGUGGAAAUCACGAGGAUUCUACGAAAAGAUAUGACAGCUGGAUCACUGCUUCUGCCGCAGACGACUUAUCAGAUCUUCUGCUUCGCAGAAGACGACUGGAAAGCACAGGCGGACAGUGUCAAUUCCUCUGCCGAGUACGUGUCACCAACAGGCUCACCAGCUACAACCUUCGUCACAGUGCAGACCUUUUCGGACAGCAUCGGUGAACUCGCAACACUGGAUGAGGCAGCUCCCAGCUUCACCUUGCUGGAAAUCCAAGAUCCCAGCGCUGAAGAAGGAGUCCUGGUCGUAAACUUCGCUCUAAACGAGGCAGGAACAGCGUACUGCAGGGCGACCCGCUCGGACUCGGGCGAGUCUGCUGAGGACAUGCCGAUCAACAGGGUUCUGACGGCCAACUGGGUGGGUGAGUACGACGGCAGCAGCAACGUCACCAUUGUCAUGAACAACUUGGAGAAUGUUGAUCCCUCUGCCACAAAGCGCGACGAUGAAGUCGCAGCUUUGAUGGCUGGAACGCAGUACGAUGUGUACUGCUGGGCCAAGGACGAGGCCACAAACACCUUUGGAUACCCGCAACCGAAUUUCAUGGCAGCAAGCUAUGUCGCAAGUCCAGUCCUGUCUGCCGCUGCUCCAGCUGGAGGCUACACAAGGGGUGUUUGGGUUACAGAUAGCACGCCGCCCACAAUGUUCUUCUCAGCCUUCGAUGCUCUGUCGGAGGAGUCUCUUCUCGUGCAGCUUCAACUCAGCGAGCCUGGUACGGUCUGGUGUGCGGCAACGAUGCCCAACGGUGGCUCUUCCAGUUAUUGUCGACCGAACGACCUCCAGGACAGCGAUGCCUUGGCUGCCUGCUACUACGAGGAUUACAUCAAAGGUUCAGCGGGGCAGGGCACGGUGUUCAUGAAGGAGGUCUCCGAUCCGUACACAGAUGUCUCAGUGGAGAUCGAUCGCAUAGCACUUUCUGGCAUUGGCGGAGCUGGAUUAGGGGCACCAUUGCCUGCAGAGACACAGUUUUCGGUGCUGUGCUUUGCGCAAGACUCGUGGGACUUGCGCAGUCAGGAUGCUUUUUCACAGGGCCAGGGGUCCCCGAACUUCGUGGCACCAGGCGGACCCAACAAGGUCACAAUGGCGCAGGUUCUCUCUUUCGUCACUGCAGCAGAGAGCCUCGGAGCUGUGGCCACCACGUUGGACCUCACAGCGCCAAGCACCACCAGCUGGGCCCUCCAUGCGCCUCCCGACUCCGAGUCCAGUUUGGAGGUCCUCUUCGGAGUGGACGAGGCGGCAACGCUUUUCUGCCUACCUCUCCUCACAGGCGCGGAGACACCUCACAUCAGCACUAUCACUGCAGAGGGACAUUCUGCCAACUGUUCUGCCGCCUCCUUUGACGCUGGCGACUGUUCAAGCUUGACAAUGGCGCUGCCGGGGCUGUUGCGUGGCACGGGCUAUGAUGUGCAUUGCCAGCUCGAGGACGACAACAUGCACCCCCUGCUUCCGAACCGUCGAGUUCUGCCCGUCCUUUCCGCCAGCGUCAACGACUUCACGCCUCCAGAGAUCCGCGUGGUCCGAGCCAGUGGCUCUGAGCCUGGGCUCAUUGUCGUGACAUUACAGCUUGAUGAGCCAGGUACGGUUUGGUGUUUCAGCCCAUCAACUGUGGGACAGGUUAUCUCGCCAGCAUGGGUGCUUGCCCACGGCUGGCGCUCGGAGACAGCUGCCGAUGCAAACACGGAUGUGGAGGUCACGGUGUCGCGCCGCGGCACCACAGAACUGCAGCUGGUCUCAGAAACCGCAUAUGAGACUUAUUGCGCUGCCCAAGACACAGCCGCCAAUCCCAGCUGCACGGAUCCUGGCUGCCCGGCGGUUCCCAACCUGAACACGCUUGCAGAGAUGCAGCUUGUGCGUGAUGCGGUGGGGCAGAUCAUCACACGCGAUGUGGACCCGCCCACCUUCUCACUUCUUGGAGCCAGGGGUGUUGGCGAGGACAUGCUCUCGAUCACCCUGCAGUUGAACGAGCCCGGCACAGCCUACUGCCGCGCUACUCGCACCGAUGCAGCAUCUACAGCAUUGCACAUUUCUCAUAUAGUGCAAGCGGGAUUCUAUGCCACCAAUGAUGCGAUGGCAUCUUCAGUUAUCAGUAUCGACAAGUUGGCCGAUCGUGCGACAGAAGCUCCUUUGACCCGCGGAACCGCGUAUGACAUCUUCUGCUGGGCCAAGGAUUCGGCGCAGCUGCACUCCUGUCGGCCUCAGGGCGCCAGCGCUGUUUGCAGCUUUGAGGCAUCUCCGAAUUUCAUGGAGCAGAGCUACGUGCAAACUCGAUUCUCUCAAACAGUCCAUCCGCCCGAUCUGGAAACGGGUGCCAGUGGAGGCCUCAUAGAUAUGGUUCGUACCUGGGACACUACGCCGCCUGUGCUAACCUUUGUAUGGGCAGAAGCGCGAUCGGAGGAUUCGAUGACCGCAACCCUUCAACUUGAUGAGCCUGGAACUGCGUAUUGCCGAGCCUACGACGUGGAUCCCGGAAGCAACGUGACCUUUGCAGACGUCGUGGCUGCGCCGGGCGGACCUUUCAGCUUCGACCUUCCCUCGGACUCGCCGCUGCGAAGCUUCACGGCCUCCGCGCAGAGAAACUUUGAGAUCACCGUGACCGGUCUGUCUCGGGAGGUGCUGUACUUCGUCUACUGCGUGGCAGAGGAUGAUGAAGCCACAGACGGGUGCUUCCAACGCAAUGCCACGGAAAGUCCAGAUUGUGGCAACAACGAGGCAGCGCCGAUCCUCACCGAACCACUCGGCCGGUAUUCCCUGGAUCUGACCCCGCCGACUCUUCUUGUGCUGGACGCGGUGUCGUACACACAGGAUUCUGUUCGAGUCACUGCCUCGCUGGAUGAGGCAGGCACUGUGUGGUGUGCCGCCGUGCUCGACCUGCAGCCUCCACCUGCGACCAAUGAAGUCGUGGCCGCUGGAUAUCUUGCGAGCAUAGGGGCCGCUGGAGUUCUGGAUGUGACCAUACAGAACUUGAUGAGGGACACCGAGUAUGACGUUUACUGCUUCGCCCGAGACGACGGCACGAUGUCAGCGGCGAACAGUACGCUGGAGGUCAAGCUCUCAAAGAAGAACUCCAUCUCGUACUCAGACAUGGUGGCAACCAAAAUGGACGCCCACGUCAUCUACGAUUCGGAGGCACCCCGCCUUCUUGCCGUGCAUCCUCCACACAAUGCUUUCGGAGUCGGUGCAGAGGUCAACAUCAGCCUCACAUUCAGCGAGGACAUUCAGGCUGGCAACGGGACCAUCGAGCUGCUGACGACCGGUGAAGCUUCUGUCGCUCUAGAAGCGUCGGAAGUCUUGAUCGUGAACGCAGCCAUGAUCAUUACUGGGUCCAUGCACGGUGGCUUGGCCUUGGGGAAGACCUGGCGCCUGCUGGUGCCAAAUGGUGCACUCACAGACCGGACAGGCCAGGCGUAG